CAGGUCUUACUAUGCAGCCUGAAGUGGGACCAUCCCUUAAACCCACUCCAUCCUGUGGCCACGAUGGGGGCCAGGACACCUUUGCCUUCUUUCUGGGUUUCUUUCUUUGCCGAGACAGGGAUUUUGUUCCCAGGAGGCACUCCCCGGCCCAUGGGAUCUCAGCAUUCAAAGCAGCACAGGAAACCUGGGCCCCUGAAACGGGGCCACCGAAGAGAUCGGAGAACAACCAGGAGGAAGUACUGGAAGGAAGGAAGGGAGAUCGCUUGUGUCUUAGAUGAUGAGGGCAGAAACCUGAGGCAGCAGAAGCUUGAUCGGCAGCGGGCCCUGCUGGAGCAGAAGCAGAAGAAGAAGCGCCAGGAGCCCCUGAUGGUGCAGGCCAAUGCAGAUGGGCGGCCCCGGAGCCGGCGGGCCCGGCAGUCAGAGGAACAAGCCCCCCUGGUGGAGUCCUACCUCAGCAGCAGUGGCAGCACCAGCUACCAAGUUCAAGAGGCCGACUCACUCGCCAGUGUGCAGCUGGGAGCCACGCGCCCAACAGCACCAGCUUCGGCCAAGAGAACCAAGGCGGCAGCUACAGCAGGGGGCCAGGGUGGCGCCGCUAGGAAGGAGAAGAAGGGAAAGCACAAAGGCACCAGCGGGCCAGCAGCACUGGCAGAAGACAAGUCUGAGGCCCAAGGCCCAGUGCAGAUUCUGACUGUGGGCCAGUCAGACCACGCCCAGGACGCAGGGGAGACGGCAGCUGGUGGGGGCGAACGGCCCAGCGGGCAGGAUCUCCGUGCCACGAUGCAGAGGAAGGGCAUCUCCAGCAGCAUGAGCUUUGACGAGGAUGAGGAGGAUGAGGAGGAGAACAGCUCCAGCUCCUCCCAGCUAAAUAGUAACACCCGCCCCAGCUCUGCUACUAGCAGGAAGUCCGUCAGGGAGGCAGCCUCAGCCCCUAGCCCAACAGCUCCAGAGCAACCAGUGGACGUUGAGGUCCAGGAUCUUGAGGAGUUUGCACUGAGGCCAGCCCCCCAGGGUAUCACCAUCAAAUGCCGCAUCACUCGGGACAAGAAAGGGAUGGACCGGGGCAUGUACCCCACCUACUUUCUGCACCUGGACCGUGAGGAUGGGAAGAAGGUGUUCCUCCUGGCGGGAAGGAAGAGAAAGAAGAGUAAAACUUCCAAUUACCUCAUCUCUGUGGACCCAACAGACUUGUCUCGAGGAGGGGACAGCUAUAUCGGGAAACUGCGGUCCAACUUGAUGGGCACCAAGUUCACUGUUUAUGACAAUGGAGUCAACCCUCAGAAGGCCUCAUCCUCCACUUUGGAAAGUGGAACCUUACGUCAGGAGCUGGCAGCUGUGUGCUACGAGACAAACGUCUUAGGCUUCAAGGGGCCUCGGAAGAUGAGCGUGAUUGUCCCAGGCAUGAACAUGGUUCAUGAGAGAGUCUCUAUCCGCCCCCGCAACGAGCAUGAGACACUGCUAGCACGCUGGCAGAAUAAGAACACGGAGAGUAUCAUCGAGCUGCAAAACAAGACACCUGUCUGGAAUGAUGACACACAGUCCUAUGUACUCAACUUCCAUGGGCGCGUCACACAGGCCUCCGUGAAGAACUUCCAGAUCAUCCAUGGCAAUGACCCGGACUACAUCGUGAUGCAGUUUGGCCGGGUAGCAGAGGAUGUGUUCACCAUGGAUUACAACUACCCGCUGUGUGCGCUGCAGGCCUUUGCCAUUGCCCUGUCCAGCUUCGACAGCAAGCUGGCGUGCGAGUAGAGGCCUCUUCGUGCCCUUUGGGGUUGCCCAGCCUGGAGCGGAGCUUGCCUGCCUGCCUGUGGAGACAGCCCUGCCUAUCCUCUGUAUAUAGGCC